UGAUCAGUAUGGAUCAAUUAAUUAGUGUAAAUAACUUUUGAUACCAGUGAAAUAUUAUUACAUAGAGUUAUUUACUGAGUUGAAUGACUUUUGAAAAUAUGAUAUAUUCAUAAGGGAAUAUCUCCAUUAUCUUCAUGAAAAUUGAUAUUUCUUGACGAGCAUAAUGAAUAGUAACUGUUGGAAUCUAUUAAUGGACCAAUACUAAAUAUAUAUUUUUAUUGUGUAAUUGUUAAGUAACUAAACCACGUAUAUUCAUAUUCGUCUUAUUAUAAGCUUUAUUUUGACGUAGAAACUAUUAUUAUACGAUUUACCAUUCUUAAGUUAUGCCCAGUCUAUUAAUUACUAUCUCCCAUAUUCACAGCUACUUUUGACCAUAUCUUGUACAAAUAUUAUUUUCUAUCUUAUGAUGUGAUAUGGUCUAUUUGGUUGGUAAUAUAAACCCAGUAUGUUUGAAAUACAUGAUUCAUAUCUCAGAGGCUGAGAUUGGUGUUCUGUUCUUAACGGGUAGGGCUAGACAGAAAGAAGGAUCGAUAAAGACUCUAGACUGCUCGUACGGGUUUAUGCGUCAUUGGUUCGGUUGAUAAGUCACUAUUCUCUAAUUGACGGUAUCUUUAAGUUAUAUAUUGAUAUAAGGCUAAAAGUUAUAACAAAAAUAACAUAAACUGACUUAGGCAAGGAUAUUUUAUAGCCCUAUAAAUUAAUUCAGAGCCAAAACACGAUUGGUAACUCAAAAAAUAUUAUGACGAUGACACUGUGAUGUAUUACAUCAAUACGACUGCAGUGGCUCCUCGUUUUACAAGUAUAAGUAAUAAGUGAUUCCGGCAUAACAAUCAUUGACGACCAGUCACAACAAAUUGGCGACAGGAAUUUUGAAAAGAAAGCCAAAACAAUCGCUGACGGAGUCAAUUCACAAGUUUCAGUUUCCAAUAUGACUGUCUGGUCACAGUUAUAGCUCAGUUGCCAAUUCGACUUACCUCAAAUCCUGUUUCCUCAGUUAUAAAUAUACUUCUGGUUUUUUUUAUCAAGUUGCUGUCACAACAAACGCCGAGGUUACUGGUGUAAGAACAUGUUGACAUCAGUUGCAGAAGUAAAAUCAAUGCUUCAGUUUUAGGAAGGCGUGUUCAUGAGAUCUCAUUUAAUGCUCAUCGGUGCAUUGAAAGAACACACACUUAAGCAAUCUUAUCCGGAAUCGUACUCAAAAACUAUAGAUAUAUUUAACAAAGUAACUGAUAUAUUUCCUUCUGCAAUAAAAAAACAGUUUUGUGAUUGAAGAAGAGGUCAACAAACCCUUUAAUAAGGUUAACUCCCGGCAUUUUUCAAAUGUUCCUCUCAUUCAAAUUAUCCAAUCACGUAGAGUGAAAUUCAAAACUACUGUGAGACAAAGGUUUCAAAUGAAUCAAUAUCUGAUAAAAUUUCUAAUGACGUUAUAUCAGUUGCUGACAGUCUUAGUGAUUCAUUAGUUUUUAAUGAAGUCCUUAAUGAAUUUGAUAGAAAUAUUUCAAGUGAAUCUAAUUCUAGCAAUAUUAUAACAAAUAUUGCUUGUUCUCACAAUGCAUUUGUCUCUAGUGAAAACCUUGGUCAAUAUGAACCACAAAUUCUCAAUAAGUUCAACUUUAAUUAUAGUUUUUAUGGUUCCAUAUCAAAUGUUAUUUAUCCUCACAAUCCGUUGACUCCUAGUCAGUGUGAGAAAUAUGUUUUAAAUGAGUCACAGUUCAAAUGUUAUUGUAGCAGAUGUUGGUUGCUCUCAUACUUCAUAUGUGUCACGUAGAAUCCCUACUCAAUGCUAUGAUGAAUCAUUUGAUAUAACAAGUAUUUGCGAAACAGUACUGAAACUAGGAUACCCAGGAGUGAUAUCGUUCACACAGUGGAAAAACUUAAAUUUAGUCUCCAAGUUUGACAGUUCGAAAUUCAAGGUAAGGCUUAGUGCCUGCGAUGGUAAAAAUGAAGAUUUAUUUAAAAUGAAAGCGGCUGAACCUGACACUGGCUCAAAAGUUCAUACUUACCUCAGGAAUCUGAGGUCAAACGAAGAUAAAAAGCGUGUCAAUUUCACCUCACCAAAAAUGUUAAAUAUGAUCAAAUUGCAUAAAACAUUCAGCGUUUCUGGAAAACUGUAUGAUAAGUCAUCAAAUUUCAGGAUUUGUUGUAGCUAUCUAAAAAUACUCGGCAAAUCUGAUGGUAUCUAUCUCGUUUAUUUGGACAAAGUGAAUGUCAUAUACAAAAAGGUAAACCUUAUUUCAAUAACUCAAAGUCAUUACAAUUGUGAUAUACCUGUAUGUAGAUUACAGCCACCUACUGAUCCGGAUUGUUAUGAAGCACAUAUAAAUGUCCUGUUCAAAUGCUUUGGAGGAAAAGCAAGCCAACAUGAAUCACAAGUAUUGUUACUGGCAAAUCGAAAUGUAAAAUGUGCUUAUUCGUAUUGUGAAUGGAAUAAUGGCAUCGUAUUUUUUCGUAUGAACGAUGGAAAAAUCAUCAAUUAUAUUAUUACCCAUACAGGUCAAUAUCAUACAAAAGGAUCCUUCAACCUUUAUGUAUACCAACAUACCCCUUAUACUUCCAUAUGAUGAAAGCGUAAGUAGUGUUGAGACAGUUCAGAUCAAUAGUCACAUUAUUUGUAACGUGCGUAUGUGAAGAUCUAACGUUGUUUCGUGGUGGUGGAAGAAUCAUAUAUGCAUUGAACGAAUAAACACAACAAGAAAUCAGAUGGUUCAAUAGAUUUCUUUUUCAAAUGAAGCUAAAAAAAGCUGAAGCAUGAUCGGACGAGAUCCCAGUGAGUACGAAAAAGUACAACAACCUUUCGAAUAG